GUUUCAACACGCCUUCAGUCUCUAGUCAAGGGGUAUGAGCUCAUCUCUGAAGAAAACGGACACAGCGUCCUUUUGCUCGACACACAGGGAAAGCUGCUUGUAGUCCUAUAAAAGCGGUUCAUAUUCGGGAUUAGAGGAAAUGGAAAUAUUGGGAGAAGAGCUUGUUAUGGAAAACACACAAAUGGAUACAGGGACUGAAUCGCACAUUACACUUCUCUUUCAAAAUCAGGAUCUGUGAAAUAUCUCCCAAGUGAUGAGGGAACUCCACCUGAACAAAACUUCACGCACAUCAUGACAAGUCUGCUCUCCACAAGCCUGCUAAAUUCAUCCUAUACAUCUGUCCACCAUACACCAGGGGACUCCACCUGCAAGAUGGAUGAUACUGCCCUGAGUAUAACUCUGGCCUUCUGCUACUCCCUGAUUUUUGUGUUUGGCCUGGGAGGGAACCUGCUAGCUCUCUGGGUAUUCUUGUUCAUCCAUAGCAAGAAAAACUCAGUGCGGGUUUAUUUGGUCAACAUUGCCAUUGCUGACCUCCUUCUGGUUAUCUGCCUGCCUUUCCGGGUGAUGUACCACAGCUAUUACAACACCUGGACUUUGGGACGCAUUCUGUGCAAGGUGGUGGGAAAUGUCUUCUACAUGAACAUGUACAUUAGCAUCACCCUGUUAGGUCUAAUUAGCGUUGACCGCUACAUCAAUUUCCAUAGAGCUGCUGGCAGUUGUAUUCAGCAAUCGAGCAAGUCGAGCACAAGGAGCAAGGUAAUCUGUGGGAUUAUCUGGGCCCUGUCGAUCGCUGCUACUGUUCCAAUAGCGGCAAUCUCUGAGGGUAGCCAGGACCCGGAAAGGUGCUUCCAGUACAAGAAGAUGCAAGGGGUCGAAUGGAAGGCCUACUUCAACUGCUUCUUAGUGGCCCUCUUCUGGCUGGUCUUCCUCUCCUUGGUCAUCUCCUAUGGCAAGAUCGCCUUCAAGUUGCUGGGGAAUUCUAGAAAGAACCCAGAUUUCCCCAAUGCACUCCAGUAUAACAGGACAGCCAAGAAGUCCUUUUUUAUCCUCUUCCUUUUCACAGUCUGUUUCGUCCCCUACCACGUCUUCCGCACCAUCUACAUCCACUCUCAGAUCCACAAGACAUCCUGCUCCUGGAACAGACUGAUGGACAGAACCAAUGAAAUAGUGCUCCUGUUCUCUGCCUUCAACAGCUGCCUGGAUCCAGUCAUGUACUUCCUGUUGUCCAGGUCAGUACGACGUGCCACCCAGCAGAUUUUUGGAAACUUCCUCCACUUACUCGCAAAUAUGACUUCUGUGAAGUUCAGCAGCUCCACUCAGUCACACACACCCUCGAGGCCAAGGGCAGGCCUGAUCGUACCCAUGCAGGCGUCCAAUGUGAUGCCGGUGUCCAAUCAAGCCACCUAACGGUAAGACUUGCUGAGGGCAUUUUUUUGUCUAUAAGCAAUUCCUAUUUGACCAUGAUAAUCACACUGAUUCCAUGGACACUUGGAAGAAAUCACACUGAUUCCGUGGACACUUGGAAGAAAUCACACUGAUUCCGUGGACACUUGGAAGAAAUCACACUGAUUCCAUGGAUACUUGGAAGAAAUCACACCAAUUCCAUGGAUAUGUAGAAGAAAUCAGAUUAGAAUAUAUUCAGGAAGGUCCAUGGACACUAAACCAUGAAGAAGGUAACUGAUCCCCGAAGGUCCUUUAUGGAAUAACAUUGUCAGACACUCUGAAGUCCCGUUUACCUGUGCAUAAUAACUAUUCCUAGAAUUUAGAUGAAAGACACAGAAGACCUUGUGACCUGCAAUCUGGGGUGGCCUGUAGCAUAGUGGUUAAGGUAAAGGACUAGGAUUUACCUUAGAACCACUGCAAGGUCGGUGGUUCUAAUCCUGGUGUAGCCACAAUAAGAUCCGCACAGCCGUUGGGCCCUUGAGCAAGGCCCUUAACCCUGCAUUGCUCCAGGGGAGGAUUGUCUCCUGCUUAGUCUAAUCAACUGUACGUCGCUCUGGAUAAGAGAGUCUGCCAAUAAUGUCAUGUAAUGUAAUCCAAAUUGUGUUAAUUCAGAGGAGUUUAAGAUUUGAACACAUACAGCCUGACAUGGUAGCCAUGGAUGGGUACAUACAGUGCUGUUUGCUGUUUAGGCAGUCAAGUAAUUCAAAUCUGAAAAUGGCAAAAAAGUGCACACACCUUGCCCCAAGCCUAGAUUGACUACCAAUUGAAAGCAAUCCACAAAAACCAACAGACAUGGUGGCACUUCAGGCCAGGAGUUCGGACUGGAUCCAUCUCCCCAACUGAGCUGUUGGACCAAAAGAUGCUAACAAGGACCUGAAUCAACCAGACAUCCAGACCAAGACAUUUAUAUUGACAUAAAAGUGUAUGAAUGUUGCACUUUCAACACCAGUAUGCGAAUAAUCAUACACCUAAAAUGUGUUAAUAGGAAGCAGAAACCAUUCCUGGCCAUCAUACCAGACCAAAUAACCUUUCAAGUAGAGAUGAUGUGUGAAUACGGUUCUGAACAAGGAAGUACUUAUGCAAAUAUGCAUUUUCACACUCCCCAUCU